UCAUCAUCAGACCCGAUAAAGCUUUCUAAAGACCCAGGCGGAAGUGCGGUAUGUUGCUUCGUCGUCCAAGAUACAAUCAGCGAAGAGUGGUGGGAAAUAUACAGCACAAGCUCAACAUACGGCCUGGUAAACGUGACGGCCGUCACCACCUAUGUCACAAAAGGGCCCGAUGGCUUGGGAACAAUAAUCGGGAGUAAUUCCUCUGUGACCGUGACAAACACCUCGUUCAUGUUUAGCUACAAUGUGGGCGUGAACCCUCUCGCCACAUUGUCCAACCCAGCACCUGGUCCCUCUGAGACCGACAAUCCGUUGACUGGAACCGCUACCAUGACCGGCGGCGAGCUCGUGUAUGUAGACUCCGAGUCGAAAGUCUUUGACCACUGACUGAACCUUCCAACUAGGAAAUCGCCAGCUGCAUUUUACGUCUACAACUCUGUCAAAAUCAUUACUGCUGAAGCCGUCUAUGACGAGGGCGGGAACAUAAUGUGCGCCACAACCUCCAAAGGGUUUCUCAACAUAAAUUCGAACGCUGAAGCAUACUUCGGCGGACCAAGUAUCGCGGGCCAAGUCGUUUCCGAGUCAGAGUACGAAGGAGUGGUUUCGACGACCCUCACGUUCUUUGAGCCCACAUCAUUUACCACGACCCCAAUAAGGACCGCAACACUAGUGAGUCAAACGACGUACUAUACUAACUCGGACGACGAGCUCGUGACACCUCCUCCUCGCCAACCAGGCGUCGUCAUCUCCCUGACAGCGCCUUUCAUCUACCAACCUCCAUGGGGCGAGACCGGUGCUCUCGAACCGACCAGCGAAUGCGUGCAAGGAAGCGGCCUGGAGCAAUACGGAUACAUUCCGCAAACCUUGCUGGACUUCCUCAUCCAGGAGCCAGCAUACAGCGCACAAUACCCAGGUCUGAAAGGCUGCGUGCCAGGCGGCCCGUCCAUAAUCUUCCAGCGGUGCUUUCUCGCACCUCACACAACACCCCCACCACCACUACCGUCAACGGUAGCGAUACCAGCCGGUGGAGGCCUCACCUCCUCAUCCACGGUCUAUAUGCCGAGCGUCAUGGCAACGCCCGCGCCGUCAGAUACACAGCUUGGAGACACGGUGCCAACGAGCGCUGCUCCAGCCCCAAAGCAGACUCCGCCUUCCAAUCCAGACCCAUCACCCAACUCAAUCGGCGCCAUCAUAAACUCCAUUCUCGGCAAUUCGCCUCCACUGCCUCCAGGCCAAUCAGCCGGAUUCUCAACACAAGUCAUAGGCGGAACUUCCGUCCUCGUAAUCCCCGGCCCGACAACGAUCCCCCUAUCCCUCGCUCCGCCGGGGCUGCAAGGGAGCACAACCGUGAUAUCCGACACGACCUUCCUCUCCGUCCCCUCGUCCACCACGCUCCCCAACCCCGCUUCAAACCCUCUCCCAAAUCCAGGCGGGAUCUUCUCCUCUUCGAUCGUGGGAGGGAGUACCGUGUUGGUGGUGCCUCAGACGACGAUUCCGCUUGCGCAGGCGCCGCCGGGCUUGCAAGGGAGUACGGUGGUGCAGGACGGGACGACGAUGCUUGUCGUGCCUGGUCCUACCACGGUUGCGUUACCGGCGGACUCCAACGGUGCAAUGGGCCCGGUGGGAACAACCAUAAUAAACGGGAUUGCGUACCUGCUCAUCCCUUCGCCUACAGCACAACAGCUUCCGGGUGUGGGGGUACUGACGACGAUCGAUGGGCAGCAGGAGUGGAUUCUUGGACCGACGACCGUUCCGGUUAGUGCGCUGGGUGGGCUGGAUGUCAGUGGACGGACGACAGUUAUUGGGGGUAUCACGGAGGUUGUGAUUAGUGGGAGCACGACUGUCGGGUUGAAGACGGGGAGUAGUGCUGCGGCAAGUGUUAGUGUGAGCGUGAGUGUAUUGACGACGACUGUUGUUGUGACGAGUUCGACGCCAACGACGAAGAAGAAUGCGGGGGGAACGGUGGAUGUUGGAUGGGAGGGAGUGGUUGCUCUUCUCGGCGUAAUGAUGUUGAUACUGAGAUGAUGUGAGAGAGAACAAGUUGAGCAUGAACGGUUGCCACUUGGCCUAUGACGGCGUUGAGGGAAUGGGAAUAUAGACAAGCAUGAAAGGAGUUCGUUGCUCUUGGCGCCGUGGUUGGAUUUUGAUACCCUGCGAUGGACCGACCUACUUGGGCGAAUUUAACGAUUUGAUAUCCGCCCCGGAACCCGAGAAUAAGUCAAUAUACUAUAAAGGGAUGCAACAAGAGAGGGAAAGAAACCCGGUAAAUAUACUAGUCUUUGCCCACCAUUCUGUCUGUCUCUCUAUCUU